CGGACUUUCGGGCAAUAAUGGCUUGGCCACUCUUGGGUUUGCUAACUCUACUGCUAUGGCAGCCCAUGGUGCUGUUCGCUUGGCAGGAUUACAAGGACUACAAGCUGUACGAGCUGAAGCUCGAAGGAGCUGAGGAGCAGAGUCUUGUGAGGAAGUGGUCAAAGGAGAAUCCCCUAUGGGACUUUUACGAGCCAAGUCGAAAUGAAAGCGUACUAAAAGUGAUGAUACCGCCUGAAGAAGCUGGUGGGUUUAUUGAAACUUUAGGAAACUAUCAUAUGGAGUACAAGGUUUUGAUAGAGGACUUGGCACCAUUGGUGCAUGCCCAACGAGCUGAGAAUCUUGAGAAGAAGUUGCUCAUCCAAUGGCCACACAUUGAUGUGCUAUCAGCGUUCUAUACCCAUUCGGAAAUUAAUGAUUAUCUGGAUAGUUUACCCGAAAGAUUUCCCAAACGAGUCCAGGUGAAGCAAUUCGGCUGGAGUUACGAGAGACGGCCGCUCAAAGUUUUAACUAUUACAAAUGGAGAUGGCAGGCGGAAUAAGCCAGUGAUCCUAAUUGAUGGCACGGUGCAUGCCCGGGAAUGGAUAUCACCGUCGAUGGCCCUUUAUAUCAUCCAGCAGCUAUUGGACAACUAUGUGGAUAACCAGGAGCUCCUACAGGACUACGACUGGGUGAUCAUGCCGGUGGUCAAUGCGGAUGGAUAUGAGUACACCCACACGGAUUCUCGUUACUGGCGUAAGACCCGUCGACCCACUAGCAAUCCGGAUUGCAUUGGCACGGAUAUCAAUCGCAACUUCGGCUACGAAUGGGGCCACGAUGAGGGCUCUUCUUCAGAUCCGUGCGAGGAUAUUUACCGUGGAGAGCGACCAUUCGACCAACCCGAGUCGCAGGUCCUGCGAGAUGUGAUGCUCCAUUACAGGGGACGACUCAACUUUUACCUCUCACUGCACUCCUAUGGCAACUACUUUCUCCUGCCAUGGGGUUAUACCAGCGACUUUCCUGAUACCUACCAGGACAUGAUGUCUGUUGCGGAUGCCGGGGCCAAGGCGAUCAUCUACUCAACGAAUGGAAUAUACAGCUAUGGAAGCACCUACUACGUGCUAUAUCCGACAUCUGGCGAUACGGCGGACUUUGCGCUGGGAGUGGUGAAUGCCACCGUUUCCAUGACCAUGGAUCUGCCGGCUGCAGGCUUCCUGGGAUUCGAUCCCUGGGUUUCCCACAUCGAGCGAUUGGUCACGGAAAGUUGGGUGGGAGUGCGGGCCAUGGCCGCGGAGGUGAUAAGACGCUAUCCGGCGUAA